AUGAAAGCAAGCACACAAGUCAAAAGUAUAGCACGCAUUCUGUUUCUUUCCUUAAUGCUGAUGGAAUUUGUGUUUGCCAGCAGGCGUAAACACAAAAAGAAAAAAAAUCCCACUGUGACAAAUGGAUCUGAUUCUUCAUUAGCAUCUAGUCCAAGCAGUAGUUCAUUAGCAAGCAAUGGCAAUUGUACUAUUAGGAGUAAUUUUCAUUCGAUUACACAGCUGUUUCCACCAACUUUCAAAAACAAUGCUUUCCGAAUGCGUCUUUCUGAUGGGUAUAUUAUUAAUGCCCAAGAUCAUGAGAAUUCAGCUUGCCAAGACUGCAUUCGUAAUGCAAAAACCCUAGAACACCUCUUUGGCAUGUUUAGAAUAUUUAAUGUUGAGCAUUACAAACCAUUCUUUGAUUUCAUUCUUUACACUUUACCUCAAUCCAGUGACAAAAGUGUCGAAGUCAUGGUGGUUCAAGCCGAUGAUGCUGAAUGGUAUUUGCCUGUCAGAAAUGGUGGUGAGAAUUCCAGGAUUGCUUUCAUUAGAAUGCAAGAUAAAAACGAAGAUAAAAAUUACCAUACUUAUAAGACACGUUGGUCAGUGUUGCCAUUUUUUACAAAACAGAACCAUCCAAAAUCAUUCUUAGUGUUUGUAGAUAAUUUUGACAUCUUUGAGAAUUUAGAAAGCAAAAGGUUGACCUUUUUCCGUAUUAAUGUCAGAAGCUUAGAGUUUAUUAUUGGGCUUCGUAGCUGCUUGGAGGAAAAGAAGUCCCGAACUCCUACGCGUUGA